AAAAGGGCGUGCUGACGUGCUGCAUUUAAAACGUCAAAAUCUUACGUCAAGUGUCAAAAGAGUUAGGUUAGGGGAUGCUAACUAUUUUCCGAAGGCUGUCAGGAAAAAUGGGAUCAAAAAUAAACUACCCGUCGGCAGACCGGAACAAAACAUUCAUCCUAGAAGUAAUGCAAAAAUACAUCAAUCCUGCCGAAUCGGUCAAACUGCUUGAGGUCUCUUCAGGAACUGGACAGCAAGCGGCCUUCUUCGCUACAAAAUUUCCGAAAAUGACCAUUCAGACCAGUGAAGUGGAUCUAGAGUUGUUCGAGAGCAUUAAAGCUUAUGCAUCUGAGGUUCCGAAUAAAAAUGUUAAAGAUCCCGUAAAAAUAGAUGCAUCUCAAGGUCCAUGGAGCCUCGUAGACGCGCCCUACGAUUAUAUUUUAAAUGUGAAUAUGUUUCAUGUGAGCCCAUGGAAUUGUUCUGUAGGGUUCUUUAAGUAUGGAAGCCAAGUUCUAAAACCCGGUGGGCUGAUCUUUACAUAUGGAGCUCUAAUGAUAGACGGCGUGAUAACACCGCAGUCAAACGUGGAUUUUGACAGGUCGAUAAGGCAAAGAGAUCCCAAUUGUGGCUUAAGGGAUCUAAGAGAUUUAGAAAAAGUAGCCAAAGAAAAUGGAAUCGUUUUGAAGCAGUUAUACGAUUUACCUGCCAAUAAUAAGUGUUGUGUAUGGGAGAAAACUGCUUGAACUAUUUAAUUUAAUGCUAUUAGGGACCAAAUAUAUAAUGUUACUAGAAGAAAA